AUGCACGCCCUCCGGCCUGCGUCGACUGCUGUGCGCAGCUUGCAGCAGCUCCGAUCUCGCAGCUACAGCUUGUCCACAUACAUUCCCUCGUCGAGCACGCGAACCUCGCCCUUUGCGCCCCGCCAUCUGCUCUCGAUUGCAGACCUCGCACCCGCCGAGCUCACCACGCUCGUCCGCAAUGCCGAUGCCCACAAGCAGAGCAUCAAGUCCACGGGCGAGGUCCCGCACAGCCUGCGCCAGUCGCUCGCCGGCCGCACAGUCGCCAUGACCUUCAGCAAGCGCAGCACCCGCACGCGUGUUUCGACAGAAGGCGCGAUUGCAGCACUCGGCGCGUCGCCCAUGUUCCUCGGCCGCGACGACAUCCAGCUAGGCGUCAACGAGUCCCUCUACGACACCUCCCUCGUCCUCUCCUCCAUGACCUCCGCCAUCGUCGCCCGCGUCGGCCCCCACAGCGACGUCGCCGACCUCGCAAAGCACUCCUCCGUCCCCGUCAUCAACGCCCUCUCCGACCUCUACCACCCCAUGCAGAUCAUCGCCGACCUGCUCACUCUCACCGAAUCCCACCCCUCCACAUCCACCACCUCGCUCGGCCUCGAGGGCCUGAAGGUCGCAUGGAUCGGCGACGCAAACAACGUCCUCUUCGACCUCGCCAUCGGCUGCGUGAAGCUCGGCAUCGACAUCAGCGUCGCCACACCCAAGGGCUACGAGAUCCCGCAAGCCAUGCGCGAUGUCAUUGGCCACGCUGCGCAGACGUCGCCCCGCGCGGGAAAGCUGGUUGAGACAACUGUGCCCGAGGAGGCGGCUCAGCAUGCAGACAUCCUGGUCACGGACACAUGGGUGUCCAUGGGCCAGGAAGAAGAGUCCGCAAAGCGCCUGAAGGCGUUCGAGGGUUUCCAGAUCACGUCUGAGUUGGCGAAGCGUGCGGGCGCAAAGGACAAGUGGGAGUUUAUGCACUGCCUGCCGCGUCACCCUGAGGAGGUCAGCGAUGAGGUCUUCUACGGGCCCCGGUCUGUCGUGUUCCGGGAAGCGGAGAACAGGCUGUGGUCUGCGCUGUCAGUGCUCGAAGCGUUUGUGGUCAACAAGGGAAAGAUCCAGUGA